AGCGAGCGGUGGAGGAGGAGACUUGCGUUUAGAGGGAGGAAAACCGAGCAGAACAGCAGGAAAAAAGAGAAAAACCACCAGACACAACAACAUCAGGGGGUUGAACGGAGGAUUAGGUGCCACAAUUGAGAAACCAUUACAAAUAAGAAAAAGAGGUGUUGCGAAGAAGAGAGGAAAGCAAGAUGAUAACGCCCUAUUUCCUGGAAAAUUUCUGGGGCGACAAAAACAAUGGGUUUGACGUACUGUAUCAUAACAUGAAACAUGGACAGAUAUCCAGCAAGGAGCUUUCAGACUUCAUCAGAGAAAGGGCCUCCAUAGAGGAGGCAUAUUCAAGAUCAAUGUCCAAACUGGCUAAGAAUGCAAGCAACUACUCUCAGCUAGGGACAUUUGCACCAGUGUGGGAUGUGUUUAAACAGUCCACAGAGAAACUAGCUGCGUGUCACAUGGAGCUGGUCCGCAAUCUGCAGGAGCUCAUCAAGGAAGUCCAGAAAUAUAUAGAGGAACAAGCCAAAAAUCAUAAGAAGACAAAGGAGGAAGUGGCGUCCACACUGGAGACUGUGCAGAAUAUCCAGACUGUAUCACAGGCCUUACAGAAAAGCAAGGAGAACUACGUCAGCAAGACCCUAGAACAAGAACGCAUGCGCAAAGAGGGAGGCACACAGCGAGAUGUGGAAAAGGCUGGAUUGAAGGUCAAGAAAGCCACCGAGGCCUAUAAGUCAUACAUAGAGAAAUACGCCACUGCGAAGACAGAAUUUGAGCAAAGAAUGACAGAAACCGCACAGAAAUUCCAGGGAAUUGAAGAGGAACAUAUCUUGCGUUUGCAGGAUAUUAUUCAUUCGUACUCGCAGUCGGUUGAGGAGACGCACAUACAGAUUGGAGAGGUGCAACAAGAGUUAGUGAACAACAUGGAGAACACUUCUGUGGAAAGCCUCAUACAGAAACUGGCCGAAAGCAAAGGGACGGGCAAAGAGAGACCAGGGCCCAUUGAAUUUGAGGAAUGUAAUGUCUCAAUCGCCACUGAAGUUGCCAAACCUCGAAAAAGAAAGACUUUCGUCAUACCAGGUCGACGGAGAGACAAAGACACAGAUUCCACGGAAUCAGCUGAAGUAGAAGCUGUUAACGCUUCUAACGGAGCUCCCCCAGGUUUCUAUGGUGCUAUAGAUCUUCAUAACGCAAACGUGCCUCGGUUGGAUGAGGAGGGCUUCUGUAUCCGACCAGAAGUCAACGAGAACGAUGCCAAAGAGAACUCCUUUUAUUCGUCCAGCGACUCUGAUGAUGAAGAUGAGCCGAGAAAGUUUCACGUCCAGAUCAAACCUGUGCAGACCAACAACGGCACCCACCAGCAAAAGGUCACCAUAGAUGAGCUGAAGGCCUCUAUUGGAAACAUCACGCUCUCGCCCACCCCCGCUGUUCAUACGAAGAGGAACCAAUCCAGAAUGACACGACAACACACACACCCUUCGAUAAACCAAAAACCGGGUGAUGAGCUGGGACGCAUGAAAAUACCACCGCCAUCAUUUAAUGAUAGAGUAGUCAAUAAUGACCUGCUGUCUCUGGAUCCUUUUGGACCGACUGGCUCUGGAUCAUCUGUACCUCUCUCAUCAGAAGGGGAUGUACUGGCAGAGCCCACUUCUCCUUCUGAAGUCAGUCUUGAGGUUUCAAAGGCUCCUGCUUUUCCACGUCUCUGUAAACGUCCUCCUUCCUCUGCCAUCUCGGCCACUCCGCCCUUACCUCCCUUCCAAUCUCCGAUCUCCACGUCUCCUUGGGAGCUCCACAAUGAUGGGUUUGCUCCCCUCAGCUCUGCACCAGCUAGAGCUAUGAGCGUGCCUCCAGCCCUGCAGGCUGCUCCUAAGGACUACACUACCAACAAGCCCCCUCUCAGCGCUCCCGCCACCGAUGCACUUACCUCCUGGGCCCAAAGUCAAUGGAUUGCCUUUAAUGAUACCUCUGUGCCUUGUCGUGGACCGUCGCAUCAAGCAGCGAGACCGCGGUCAGUGCCACUGUCUCAACAGCCCAAGCUUUUCUCCAGAGGUCCUGCCAUUGACUGCUUUGCCAGCACAGGGACUGAAGAGAGCACCCCCAAUCUGAGAGAAACAGCAGUCAAAGGCGUGCAGGAUGUACCAAAUAGGCCAACCACCCCACUGGGCACAGCAACCAUCGUGCCACCUCCAAGACCCUUAUCACGGCCCAAACUUCCAGCUGGCAAGCUGUCGGGCAUCAAUGAGACUGGCCGACCGUUCAGCCCUCUUAAAGUGUCAAACUCCAGCCCUCCUCCUGCUCCACUUGCUCGAGCUGAGAGCUCCUCCUCCCUCAGCUCCAACACCUCCCUGAGUGCCAGCCUCACGCCGACCGUCGAGGAUGAUGUGUUUGUGGGGAAACUGCCCACGUUUGAGAAGAGAUGUGAGACGCCGGCAGGAACUUCUCGUGGGCCCAGUCCAGUGACAUUGGCAUCCCAGGAUGCUUUGCCCAUUGCUGUAGCAUUUACAGAGUCAGUAAAUGCCUAUUUCAAAGGAGCAGAUCCCAGCAAGUGCAUUGUGAAGAUCACAGGAGACAUGACUCUGUCCUUCCCCAGUGGCAUCAUCAAAAUAUUCACCUCCAGUCCAUCUCCUCCUGUCCUCAGCUUCAAACUCUCAAACACUAGCCGACUAGAACAGAUCAUGCCUAACCAACAACUACUGCACAGCGACUCCUCCCAGAGUGACACAAACACUAAAGACUUCUGGCUAAACAUGCCGGCACUGACGGCGUACCUCAGGAAGAUCUCUGAGCAGAACCCUGCAGCAUCCUAUUAUAAUGUCGAAAUCCUCAAAUACCAGGUAUGUUCAAAAGGGAUCCAGUCCACCCCUCUGAAUCUCAUAGCGUACUGGAAAUGCAGUCCUAGUACUACAGAUCUACGGGUGGACUACCAGUACAACCCAGAGGCCAUGCAGCCUCCUGUGUCGCUUACCAACAUACAGGUGUUAGUGCCGGUCAAUGGCGGGGUCUUAAACAUGCAGUCACUUCCCAGCGCCAUCUGGAAUGCAGAACAAAACAAGUUGUUAUGGAAACUGAUUGACAUCUCUGACAAGUCUGAAAAUGAAGGCUCUGGUUCUUUGAGGGCGAAAUUUGAGCUGUCUGACGGCCCAUCCAACCCUGCCACCCUGGCUGUUCAGUUCUUCAGUGAGAGCAGCACUUUGUCUGGUGUAGACAUGGAACUAGUAGGCUCUGGUUAUCGCCUCUCCCUUAAUAAGAAAAGAGUCGCCACUGGCCGCUAUAUGGCUGACUGCUGAGAUGAUAGCAGAGCAAACAGAGGGAAUCUGGAGGUGAAUUUCUGACCUAUUCUCUCAAUGCUUCUAAAUAUUAAUGGAGGAACUUCAAAGGUAAUGGAAAAAGUGGGCUGUCUGGGUGAAGAUUUACCAUCCAGUUCCAGCGAAGCACCUUUCUGGAGACAAGAGAUUUUUAUACCACAGUAACAUAGCACUGAGUAUCAAACACUGUGUAAUAAGAAAAAUAAAACAAAAAGAGAAGAGAUGUCAGGAUAUCGCUGAAUGAAAUCAUUAAUUGUUGAUCAUUUUUAAUCUAUUCAGACUUUUAUAAAGUCAGAACGUUAGUCUUUUCAUAUGUAUAGUUAACAAUUUGUAAAAUUAAUUAUGUAUAAACUAUACACAACAAAUGAGAAAAUGGCACUAACAAUCUUUCUGUAUAUUUGUUUAGUAUUUGUUCCGACCUUUUAUUCACCCAAAAGUCACAAUGACAAUGAAGAGAGCAAGCAGUGAGAGAAAAUGGUCUAGCCACAGACCAAUCCGUGCUCCCAAAAUGCCUUGCUGCCAUUGGUUAUUUUUAUAGCUGAGCAUUACGCUUUUAUCUGCUUGGUUCAGUUUCAUUUGUUCUUAUUUUCAUUUGUUUUCUGUGUAUAUUUUCUGAUUUUCAUUAUGAAUGUGCAAUGAAGGUAUAAGCUUUCAGAAUGACUUUCAUGGAUUGAUGGUUAAUUUUAGUGCCAUUUUCAGCAUUUUCAAGAAAACCUACUGGUUAGCAAAAGUUAACUAAUACACUGACCUCAGUGCCUCUUCUGUUACUUAAAAUAAUGUUUUAGUUGGAAAGGGCCCAUCUUGUUCCCUCUUUCAUGACUUCAUAUCAUAGCUCUUCCUGUAUUAUUAGUUAGUGCCAGUUCAGUUUCUGACAUGAAUUUGCUUCUUGAUUGGAUAUUAAAGGGAAACAUCAAAAAUCAGUCUAAAUAAUAUUCGAUUUAGCCUUUGUUCCUAAAACUUCUGCACCAAAAGGGGAUUGUUAUGUGCCUGUUUAGUCAUGUUUAUAGACAUGAGUUGAAGCUCUGUUGCUUCAGCAAGCACAUGCUUAUACCUUAUAGAUGGCAUACGUGUAUAUCUGUGCAGAACUCUACCAAAAUAUCCAAUGAAAAAUCACUGUGAGAUAAAAACAAACCCAGACUUGGUCCCCGUUGUAGUUUUGGAUGGAUGCUUAUAGACAGACCAAAAGGUUUAGGAUUUUGAAAUAUUGAGAUGCAUUACAAGCGUGUGUACUUUACUCUGAGAGUCUCAGUGUACUUUACUAUUGAUUUUUCAUUUCAUUGUAAUUUUAAGGGACGAUGGGACUUUUUUUUUACACCAAAUGUGCUGUCAACUCUUUUUGAGCAUUUUGUGGGUUUUCAGCUCGGAUUAAUGAAUGGCUUUAAGUAGAUUCGCCAAAUUGAAAAGCACAAUGAGAUGGAAUGGUUUGGAAAUCACAGGAAAACUGAUAUGUAGAAGUCUGGUCUCAGAUAUUUCCACCAGCGAUGAAUUUUAAACGUUUUAUCUAACUAUUGCUUAGUUUUGUCAUCUUAGUACCCUCUAGGUUAUUCUCCUCUUUAUUUCUAUGUGGUGGAACCCAGUGAAGAGAUUCACAGUGUUUUGGGGGGUCAAGAGCAGCCAGUGGUUUGGGAAAACCCGAUCUGCCAUCUUGCAAGUGACUAUUUGCCUUGUCCUCUGUGGAGGACCACUUCUCCAAGGGCUACCCCAAAACCACACUUUUUGUACCUUAAAAAGAGCAACAACACUAAUAAACACUAAAUGUCAACAAUGAAGGAUCUCACGAAUCUGGACACAGUGACAUUCUUCAGAAUUAUGUCUUGUUUUCAACAGGAACCUUUUUGGAUUGUAGCCUUAACAGUUUUGUGAAGUAACAAAGUGAAGAUUUUAUAUACUGAAUCCUCACCGUUUAUAUGUAAUUCUUGCUAAUAUUUGUAAUUUUUUAGGAUUUGUAUGAAAUGUGGUGUUGGUAUUAUGAGUACAGAGGCAGAAAUCAGCUGGUCAUCAUCCAGAUCAAUGUAGCAUUUAAAUAUAUGACAAUAUUGCCUUUUUCAGUCUAGGGCUUCUUUAAGUGAAUCUGAAAUAAAUGUGUAGUUAGCAAGCGGGUUCUUGCUGCCUCUACAGCCAUCACGUCGAUAUUCAGAGUGGUUUUGGAUCAAUGAAAAAGUCCACAUUUCCACAUUUAAUUCAAAGAUUAAAGAUUUGCGCUUGUGAUUUUUUUUUUUUGACUCACAUAAUGUACAUUUUUAAAAAUAUGUCUGCCUUUUUCUCUGUUUUAUGAUGGUCUGUGUCAGUAAUAAAUGUGUAAUAUAUAAAUCUAUACAAAUAUAAAAUAUACUACAGAA